CCAUGCUGUCCCCGGAGGGUUUGGUGGCCGCAGCUGCGGUGCUCGUGGGGCUGGCCCUCCUAGCUUGGUGCCUUUGGGCAGGGAGGCUGGAGGUGCCUGCAGACGGGGGAGAGGAGGACGAGGAGGAGGAGGAGGAGGAGGGGAUCCCCUUCAUGGCCGAGGAGGGCUCGGGGCACUGGCGGCUGCUGUGCAAGCCCUCGGCUCUGGCCCAGCACCUGGUGCGGAGCUUGGGGCGGUCGGCGGCGCUGCGGGGGGGACGCUGGCUGUGGCCGUGCUGGCCCCGGCUCCAGAUGCUGUGGCAGCUCCUGCAGCCACCUGAGCCGGAGCCGGUGGUGGCCCGUGAGCUCCUGCAGCUGUCGGACGCUGGGCUGGUAGCCCUGGACUGGUUGGUGGGGCCGUGGGGGGCUGCGGGUAGCGGCGGGGGGGUCUCCAGCCCGGUGCUGCUGCUCAUUCCCAACGCGGCCGGGAAGGUGACGGGGGGGCUGCUGCAGCUGGGGCUGCGGGCGCUGGAGCGGGGCUUCAUCCCCGUCAUCUUCAACCGCCGGGGCCACAAUGGCUGCCCCCUGACCACCCCCCGGCUCCAGCCCUUCGGGGAUCCCGGGGACCUGCGGGAGGCCGUGACCUACCUGCGGUGCCGGCACCCCUGUGCCUCCCUGCUGGCCGUCAGCGAGGGCUCGGGCUCGGGGCUGCUGCUCGCCUACCUGGGCGAGAGCGGCUCCUCCAGCCGCCUGGCCGCCGCCGCCUGCCUCUCCCCCAUCUUCCGUGGCCGCGACUGGUUUGAGGCCAGGAUGCCCUGGCUUUACGAGUGGCCGCUGCUCCUCCACCUCAAGCAGGGAUUGAGCAGGUACGCGGGGGCCCUGGCCGAGGUGGUGGACACGGACAGGCUCCUGGGCAGCCGCUCGCUGCGGGAGCUGGAGGAAACGCUCUUCUGCCGGACUCGGAGCCGCCCCACCAGCUGGGAGAGCUACUGGGAGCGCAACGAGCCCCUGCGCGACGCGGACGAGGCGGCGGUGCCGGUGCUGUGCCUGUGCAGCGCCGAUGACCCGGUGCGCGGCCCGCCGGCCCGCAGCCUGCCCCGGGAGCUCUUCCGCAGCAGCCCCUACUUCUUCCUGCUGCUCACCCCGCACGGCGGGCACUGCGGCUUCCCCCGCCGCGGGCCGGGCCGCUGCUGGGCCCACGAGGCCGUGCUGGAAUAUUUCAGGGCCAUGGCCGAGUUCCUGCGGACGGAGGAGAGGAGGAAGGGGCUGCCGCGGCCGCGCAGGUGGGGGGGUCCCACGGUGGAGCCCCCCGUGUUCACCUGGCAGAGGUCCUACACGCGGUAGCCCCCCCCGGGGCAGGGUCUCACAAAGGC